AAAAACGAAGUGGCCGCCUUUAGAGCCCUUCGUAAUGAGUUGGUGAUAAAGUAGAUGGAGGUGAAUGGCCAGUGUGCCGCGAUGAAUAUCCUAAGGGAGGAGCAUGCAAAUCGAAUGGCAUACAAGCGCUUGCUUGGCUAGGAGGGGCAGGCCGCGAACGACCAUGAGAUGACAUGCAGGCUCGCUGGCCUCAAUGUGCCUGCGCACGACAGCGAAAAGACAACCUGCAACGGAGUUGAAUGGCGGCGUCACGGGGAUACAUGUGGAGGUGGAUCUCGGCGGUUCGCAGACUGCACCACCAGAUGAUCGCCCUAUCAAGAAAGCGCGCCAUGGGGGAUGAUGCUACAGCACUGAGAGAUAAACAGGAUGGCCGCUGUAAGCGAGUGAAGACCGAUGCCGCUGGACAGGGACUACCGGCUCCUCCGUCUACACUAGGUAAGGAAGCAUCCAAGACAGGUCAAUCCUUGAAUAAGUCAAUCGAGGAGAAGCCCGCGGAACUGGUUUCUGCCGAAGGGUCUAGUAGCAGCAAGGACAAAGGCAAAGCCAAAGCGGCCAUGCAAGCCGUGUGCGCCUCAUGUCUUGACUUCCACCAGAAAUUCGAUGUCCUCGAGCUUGCAUGCAAGAGCCCGGAAGAAUUCGAGAAGCACGCCUACUGCCGGGAAUGCCUCGAGGGACUCUUCGACUCAUCGAUUACCGAUUCGAGCAUUUUCCACCGCGUUGCUGCUCCAAGAUCAUUCCGCUGUUCUCGUGUACGCCAUUCCUAUCCAAGGAAACGAUUGUCCGCUUCAUAGAGAAGAAAGACGAGCUGGACACGAUCAACCACACAUAUUGCAGCCACCCGAGCUGUGCAAAGUGGAUCAAGCCCGAACACAUCGUGGCCGAGGUCGCAACGUGCCCAGCGUGCUCGCAGAAGACAUGUGCUACAUGCAAGGGCAAGCAGCAUGCUGGU